CGGCGCUGACAGUUGUGUGUAUGGGGGGUGGGGAGGCGAGUGGGUGAAGGGAGGGAGUGUAAAUAGAGCGAAGUCGGUUUCAAGGCCGUCCUGCCGCCUCUGAGCGAUUCUCGAGCAGCCCAGACGGAGAUGGAAGACGAGCAGGAGCAGCGGCGCAGGAAGGUGGAGGCUGGGAGAGCCAAGCUUGCUAACUUCCGACAGAGAAAAACAAAAGGCGACGGUCCGAAUUCGAAGAAAAAGACGGCGAAGAGGAAGGGUUCGGCUGUCCAUGCGUCUGUCCAGGAGGAGGGUUCGGUAGCCCCACCAAACAGCGAGCUCCCCCAAGGAGCGGCUGUCUCUGAAAGGGAGUCCUGCGGCAACACCCUGGAGGGGACCGGAGGGGCAUUUGCAGCUCAGGAACAACAAGACUGUGAACUGGGUGUGACUGACCUGCAGGGACAGCAGCAGCCACAGCAGCAGCCACAGCCACCCCAGACAGCCCAUAGCCUUGAACUAGAAGCUCUACGCUUGAGCCUGAACAACAUGCAUACAGCACAGCUGGAGCUGACGCAGGCCAACCUGCAGAAGGAGAAAGAGACCGCGCUGACGGAGCUGCGGGAAAUGCUCAAUGGCCGGCGGGCGCAGGAGCUGGCGCUGCUGCAGAGCAGGCAGCAGUGUGAGCUGGAGCUGAUGCGAGAGCAGCACGCCCGCGAGAAGGAAGAGAUGGCGCUCCGCAACGAGCAGGAGACAGCUGAGCUUAAGGAAAAGUUGCGUUCAGAAAUGGAGAAGACCGUUCAGAUGAUGGAGACCCUGAAGCAGGAUUGGGAAUCUGAAAGAGAGUUAUGUUUGGAAAAUCUCCGCAAAGAGUUGUCUGCAAAGCAUCAGUCGGAAAUGGAGGGUUUGCAAAACCAGUUUCAGAAAGAGCUCUCGGAACAGAAGGCUGAAUUGGAGAAGAUUUUUCAGGCCAAGCAUGAGGCUGAAGUUUCCCUGAAAAACCUGGAGGCUCAGCACCAGGCAGCCAUCAGGAAGCUGCAAGAAGACCUGCGGUCAGAGCAUUGCCAGUAUUUACAGGAUUUAGAGCUGAGAUUCAGAGAGAAGGAAAAAGCAAAAGAGUUGGAGUUAGAGACCCUUCAGGCAUCCUAUGAAGACCUCAAGGCUCAGUCCCAGGAAGAAAUCAGACACCUGUGGUCCCAGCUCGAGUCUAUGAAAACCAACAGAGAGGAACAGAAUGGGUCAUGGGAGCCACUGCUGGCCCAGGCAUCUCACCUGGAAGAGCUGCAGCACCUGAGGUCAGACUUCGCUCAGCAGCAGCAGCAGGAGAGAGCCCAGCACGAGUCCGAGCUGGAGCACCUGCGGGUCUAUUUUGAGAAGAAGUUGAACGAUGCUGAGAAGACAUACCAGGAAGACCUGACUGUGUUCCAACAACGGCUGCAGGAGGCAAGGGAGGAUUCCCUGGAGUCUGCAGAAAUCAGUUCAUCCUGUAUGUUUCCAGAGGAGACAUCUGGCAGAGAAAGGAAGGAGCCACCCGACCCGCUUGAUCUUCAGCUUGAGCAGCCGAAGGCUCAGGGCAGUCUGAUUGACGACUAUCAGGAGAAACUCAGCAACGCUGAGAAGAUUGAGCUAAUGAAGCAAGAGUUCCAAAAGAAGGAAGCAGAGUGGGAGCUUUCGCGUGAGGACCUAAAGAGAGACGCUGAAGAGAAACUAGCCUCCAUGUUUCUGGAGCUGAGGGGAAAGGCCGAGUCUGAGAAGCUGUCCAUAAUAAACAGGUUUGAGCUGCGGGAGGCCAGCAUGAGGCACCUGCAGGAUCAGCAGGCCGCUCAGAUCUUGGACCUGGAGCGAUCUCUGAGGGAGCAGCAGGGUCACCUGAGGCAGCUGGAGCAGGAACUCACCAGAGACGAAGUUCUGCUGUGUAGCCAGUGCGGCAAGGAGCCCCCUGUGGCCCAGGAUGAGAAGAAUGCCAUCCUCCUCCGAGAGAAGGAAGACUGUGCCCUCCAGCUGCUAAUGGCCCAGAAUAGGUUUUUGGAAGAGCGGAAAGAGAUCAUGGAGAAGUUUGCCAAGGAGCAAGAUGCCUUCCUCCUGGACACCCAGGAGAAGCACAACCACGAGCUGCAGCUCCUCCAGCAGGGGCACCAGCAGCAGCUCCUGGCUCUGCGGGUGGAGCUUGAAACCAGGCACCACUCUGAGCUCACCGAGCAGCUCGCCUCCUUGCAGAGCAAGCAGCAGGCGCUCCUGGAGACUCACGUGGCCGAAAUGCAGGUAAAACACGAUGCCGAGAUUAGUGCUUUGGAGAAGAGACACCUGUCAAACCUGGAUGAGUUAGAAUCCUGUUACGUGGCCGACAUUCAGACCAUUCGGGAUGAGCACAAAAAGGCGUUGGAGCUCUUGCGAGCGGAGCUGGAGGAACAGCUACAGAAAAAGGAUUCUUGUCACAGAGAGAUGUUGACGCAGGAGUUGGAAAAGCUGAAACUCAAACACGCGGAGGAGCUUCAGUCCGUAAGGAAUAGUCUGAGAGUCAAAAUGAGUGCCCAGCACACAGAGAGCGGGAAAGGCCCGGCCGCUGACUUGCAGGGAGCCCACCAGAAGGCCCCGGCCAUGGCUCUGCACAAUGAAGGGCACCGGCUGGAGGAGGAUGGCGAUGCAGCCUUGGGUGGUGCGGACACCGAGGGCCUGCAGCACCACGCUGAGCCUCGGGAGCGGGGAGACCCACACACAGUUGAAAUGCAGACGUCACAAGCAGAGUUGGCCAAACCUCAGGAGCUGCAGGCAUCGAAGGACCAGGCUGCGCAGGUGAGGGACCAGGUCUUCUUGCUGAGCCGGGAGUUAGAGGAGUGCCGAGGCGAGCUGGAGCAGCUGCAGCAGAGGCGGGAGCGGGAGAACCAGGAGGGCGCCACUCUGAUCUGCAUGCUCAGGGCUGACGUGGACCUGGCUCAGAGCGAAGGGAAAGCCCUCCGAGAUGCCCUGAGGAGACUUCUCGAUCUGUUUGGGGAAACGCUGAAGGCAGCUGUGACCCUAAAGAGCCGGAUCAGUGAGCGUGCGGGGCUCCUCCUGGACCAUGAAGAUGCUGUAGAUACAAGCGGUGCCCAGUUAGCAGCUGCAGCCCUUGGCGAAAUGUGGCCCGACGAGGGUCUACUAGACAUAGACAGAGCCUUGCCAGAAGGGGCAGAGACAUCGUCCGUGUGCGAAAUCAGCAGUCACGUGUGUGAGAGUUUCUUUAUGAGCCCCGAAAACACCCAGGAGUGUGAGCAGCCGAUUCGGAAAGUCUACCAGAGCCUCAGCACCGCCGUGGAGGGCCUCCUGGACAUGGCCCUGGACUCCUCCAAACAGCUGGAGGACGCCCGUCAACUCCAUCGCUGUGUUGAGAAAGAGUUCCGGCAUCGGGAUGAGGAGAUGGCCCAGGCUGUGCAGAAGCAGCAGGAGCUGCUGGAACGCCUGAGGGAGGAGAGUGCGGCCAAGGACGGGCUGGCACUGGAGUUGCACACGGCUGAGGGUCUCCUUGAAGGCUUCAAGGUGGAGAAAGCAGAUCUGCAGGAGGCGCUGGGCAAGAAGGAGGAGUCGGAACAGCAGCUGAUCGUGGAACUAGAGGAUCUGCGAAAGCAGCUGCAGCAGGCUUCCCGGGAGCUGCUCACUCUGAAGGAGGAGAACUCCGUCCUGUGGAACCAGAAGGAAACUUUCACCAAUGAAGCAAAAGAAAGAGAAGCUGCGCUGCAGAAGGAGGUGGAAUCUCUUACCAGAGACCAGUGGGAGUCCCGGAAGCAGUCUGAGAAGGACCGCGCCACCCUGCUCUCCCAGAUGCGUGUCUUGGAGUCUGAGUUGGAGGACCAGCUAGUCCAGCACCGGGGCUGUGCCCAGUUGGCUGAGGAAGUGACCACCCUGAAGCAGCAACUGGCCACCCUAGACAAGCACUUACGUAGCCAGCGCCAGUUCAUGGAUGAGCAGGCUGCUGAGCGGGAGCACGAACGAGAAGAGUUCCAGCAGGAGAUCAAAUGGCUGGAGGGGCAGCUCCGCCAGGCCACCCGGCCACGGCCUCCGGGGCCCCGGGACAGUCAGGUGGAAUUGUUACAAGAGAAACUGAGAGAAAAAUUGGAUGGGUUUAAUGAAUUGGUCAUAAAGAAAGAUCUUGCAGAUCAACAGUUAUUAAUUCAAGAGGAAGAGAUUAAGCAUCUCGAGGAGACAAAUGUCAACAUUCAAAGACAGAUGGCCCAGCUCCAGGAAGAACUGGAAAAACAAAGAAGAAGCACAGAAGAGUUAGAGGUUGUGAACAGCAGGAACUCUGAGAUUGAAGAGCUGAAAGCCAUUAUCGAACACUUGCAGGAAAACCAGGAGCAAUUACAGAAGGCCAAAGCAGAGGAAAUUGAGCAGCUGCAUGAAGUCAUCGAGAAGCUGCAGAGUGAGCUGAGCCUCAUGGGGCCCACGGUGCAUGAAAUGAGUGACCCUCUGCCUGGCAGCCUCCACACGGAGCUGUCCUGCCUCCAGGCGGAAGGCCUGGGUGGCCAGGCCCUGCACAGUGAGCUGCAAGCUGCACAGGCAGCCAAGGGCGCCUUCAGCCAGCUUCUGGCAGACCAUGGACACAGCCAGGCCCUGGAGGCACUGCAGGAGCGGCUGCAGGACGCAGAGGCGGCGGCUGCCAGACACCUGACUGAGCUAGAACACUGUGUGGCCCUCAGACAGGCUGAGGUGGAAGCCAUGGCCUCUCGGAUCCAAGAGUUUGAAGCUACCCUGAAGGCCAAGGAAGCAAUCAUCCUGCAGAGAGACUUAGAAAUUGAUGCUGUGAACAAGUGGAAAGUUAGCCAUUCCGUGGAGCUGGAGGCCCUUCUUUUGGCGUUGGCCCACUUCCAGCACGCUGUGGAGCAGCAGACCUCUGCCACCCCAGACGAGCCCCCCAAGCUACGGCAGCUGCUCGUGCAGUGCGCUCGCCUCAGCCACCAGCUACACGUGCUGUACCGGCGUUUCCUCAGGUGCCAGGUGGAGUUGGGCCAGCAUCAGCCUCGUGUAGCGUCUGUUGGCUGUGCGGACCCUCCUGCAGAGGCACAGCCUAAAAAAGAUGGUGAACUGGAACAGGACGGAGUCAGCAGUGGGCUAGCCUUGGCUCCCCACAGCCUGGCUGCUCAGGCUAAGGAAGAGCAGCCCGAGGACUGUCACCUGGGCAACACCAGUCUCAGAGCCCAGCUGAGACAACUCGAGGAGAAACUGGACCCCCAGGCGCAUUCCGUGGCCUUCAGGGACACCAGCAUGGAAACUUGUACAUUGCAGCAGCCAAACCUGUUGGAAAAUGGUUCAAGUAAUCACUGUCAUAACGGUGAAGAGAGCAGGCCAUCGCCUCCCGAUGAUGUACCUGCUAAAACCACGUGGGAUGUGAUUGGUGUUAUUAAAAAUCAGGAUUUGUUGGCCCAGAUUGAAGCGCCAGAUUCCCCCACUCCAGAAAAGUUAGCAUCACAAGGGGGAGCUUUCUCCUCCCAAGCCAGUGUGCACAGCGCCUCCCUCCUCCCUGAGGAGGCUGAGCCCCAGAAGGACCCAGUGAGGGCGCUGGACCUGUCUUCCUGGAGCUCCCCCGAGGUUCUCCGGAAGGAGCCCUCCCUGGAGCCUCAGCACAGCCUGCCCCUGACACCGGGCGUGGGUACAGUGAGCCUGCACAGUGUGGACAUCUCCUCACCAGACUGGACAGACCCACUGCUGCAGGCUGAUGUGUCAGGGCUGCUUUGUUACCCGGGCAAGUCUGCAACAGGCCAGGCCCCGCUGUGGGUGGUGGCCCCUUCGGCUGAGAAGCACCAUGUGGAGAGGACAGCCACGGAGAAGGACGUUGAAGACUUUAUCGUAACAUCUUUUGAUUCUCAAGAAUCAUUAACAUCCCCUUCUCAUGAGUUAGCGAGAAGAAGCGAUGGGAGCGGGAAAAGUGAUGGCCCAGACAUUGCUACGAUGUUGACCUUGGGCUCAGAAGGAUCCGAGACUCCCACCACUGAUCUAGUAGCUGCCACUAUUGGUCCUUUCUCUAGAAGGUUUGUCCAGUCACCAGGAGCGAUGAAGGAGAAGGAGGUCCAUGCAAAGCAAAUGAAGGCUUUGCUGCAGAUGGUGUUUGAUGAGAGUCACCAGAUACUGGCCUUGUCAGAAAGCCAGGACUCCUCCAGUGCACUGAGCAAGGGUGAACCACGUGACCCCCUGGAUGGCGUCCCAAGGCACAGGCAGGCCCUUUCGGAGGGGACAUCUGACAGAGGAGAGAAGGAAGCUUUGGGAAUGCACCUGACGUGGAGUGAGGAGCUUCUGCAGGCCAUCCAGGAAGUGUUUGCCAGGGAGCAGGAGAAUGCUGAGCUGCAGCCUAGACCUUACAGCUCAGACCUCGGAGACUAUAACUCCCUGGUCAAGAAGCUGGAGAAGGUUAUUCAAGAGCAGGGAGACCUGCAGAAGGUCCGGGAGCACCUGUAUCUGCCAGACAGGGGCAGCCUGCUAGCCGAGAUCCAGGCCCUGCGCGCUCAGCUCCGCAUGACACACCUACAGAACCAAGAGAAGCUGCAGCAGCUGUGUGCGGCCUUGACCAGCACAGAGGCCCGAGGGAGCCAGCGAGAGCACCAGCUACGCAGGCAAGUCGAGCUAUUGGCUUACAAAGUGGAGCAGGAAAAAUGCAUAGCAAACGACUUACAGAAAACCUUGAGCAAAGAGCAGGAGGCAGCGAGUGACAUGCGCAAGCGUCUGAUGGUGGAGCAGGGUGCCGUCCAGGACCUCAAGUCCGAGCUGCACGCCUGUAAGCAGGAGAACACGAACCUGCUGGAGUCGCUGGACAAGGUGCAGCAGGAAGUCCUGCGGCUCAGAGCCGUGCUAGACGGGAAGGAGAACGAGCUGAAGGUCGUCCUGGAAGAGCUGGAGUGUGAGCGUGGAAAGGGGCAGGUCCUCCAGGCCCAGCAGGAGGAGCAGCAGCUGCGGCACAUGCAGAGGGAGGGCCAGAGCUCAAGGGCCCUGGAGGAGUUGAAAAUAACCUUGGAGAAGCAGCUGGCUCAAAACAAUCAACUGUGCGUGGCCUUAAAACACGAGCGGGUGGCCAAGGACAACCUGCAGAAGGAGCUGCAGAUCGAGGCCUCGCGCUGCGAAGCCUUGCUGGCCCAGGAGAAGGGCCAACUCUCCGAGCUGCAGAAGAGCCUAGAGGCCGAGCGGAACCGCUCGCUGGAGCUCUCUGAGGCCUUACAGCACGAGCGGCUCUUGACGGAGCAGCUGAGCCGCAACGCGCAGGAGGCCUGCGCCCGCCAAGAUACCCAAGCGCAGCACGCUUUACUGCGCAAGCUGAAGGCAGAGAAGGCCCGCGCGUUAGAGCUGGAGGCCAUGCUUGAGAAGGUGCAGAAGCAGGCCGCCCACACACAGCAGCAGCUGGAGGCUCAGGCUCAGGAGCGCUGCCUGGAGCUCCGGAGAGAGAAGGAGCGAGAACUGGAGUUGCAGCGCCAACGUGAUGAACACAAGAUUGAGCAGCUUCAGCGGUUAGUGAGAGAGCUGAGGUGGAAAGAGGAGGCGCCUGGAGGAAACGGCCCUUGCCGGGGCUCCCCCUGCCUCGGUUCUCUGGAGAGAGACCAGUUCCAGGAGCAGCAACAGGAACUGGAGAAGAUACGGCAACAGCUACUGUGUGCAGCCGGGUUCCUUACAAGCUUUACUAACCACACAGUAGACAGGACAAUUAAAGAUUGGACAUCAUCAAAUGAGAAGGCGGUGUCAUCCUUAAUGCGCACGCUGGAGGAGCUGAAGUCCGAACUGAGCAUGCCCACCUCCUUCCAGAAAAAAAUGGCUGCAGAACUACAAGUCCAGCUCAUGAAUGAACUGCUGAGCGACAACGAUGCCCUCACAAAAGCCGUGGGCAUGGCCACCCGAGAGAAAGCUGAGCUGUGCAAGACCAUCUCCCGGCUCGAGAAGACCCUGAAGCAUCACACGCAGAAGGGCUGCAUUCUUAAUAGGCAAAGCAAGACUUCAUUGAAGCAAGAUGGGACGGACCUGCAGAGCUCCCUACCGCACUCAGACCCAGAGUGGCACCCGCAGACUACAGGCGGGGACACAAAUACCUGCAAUAUCAAAAUGGAGAAGCUGUACCUGCACUAUCUGAGGGCAGAGAGCUUUAGGAAAGCUCUGAUCUAUCAGAAGAAGUACCUCUUGCUGCUGAUUGGUGGAUUCCAGGACUCUGAGCAGGAGACCCUCUCCAUGAUCGCCCAUUUGGGGGUCUUCCCUUCCAAAGCCGAUAAGAAAGUCACCGCAUCACGCCCCUUCACCAGGUUCCGCACCGCUGUUCGGGUGGUCAUCGCAGUUCUGAGGUUACGAUUUCUGGUUAAGAAAUGGCAGGAAGUGGAUCGGAAGGGAGCGCUGAUACACCACGGCAGAAGCACCCGCCACGGACAUCGAACCUCCCAGAGACAACAUUCUCCGUCAGGAACUAGAGCAUCUCUGCCAACUCGAGACGUUUCCUCAGGGCACACCAAGGACUCUCGGCACAGCCCGAAGUGUUCAGCCACCUCGCUGGGCAAGGGAAGAUCAACUUCGUCAACAAGUUCAAGGCUCGAAAGAUCCCCGACUGCUUCUCAAGAUCCCGAGCAGUCCUUGACAGAAUACAUUCAUCUUUUAGAAAUGACCCAGCAAAGACUUGCGGGACUGCCACCAGAUGCUCCUCAGAAAGCCUGCCCCCAGAAGAUUAAACAAUGAAUAAAGUUCUUCUGGCUAUUAACCUUUGACAUUUCUAUUUGAGGAAAGAUGGUUUUUUUUCCUAAGGAAAGCUCAUGAUAUGGCCUGGGACACACACUUCGAGAGUGGUGACGCCAGCCUCUAGGAGCCCCCGAGAGCUCCUACCUCCACACCCUGCUGAAUGGCGGGGAGAGCCCGCUGUGCUCCUUCCCACCCAGUAAGCAGUGUCCAUGCUGGGUCCUGUGUCUGAUGAUGGAGCCACCUGCGUCCUCUGUGGCGGAAGAUGCUUAUUUUCUUAGCAUGUCAGGGUGGGCAGGUCAGUGGAAUGAACACAUAGGAAGGAAGGAAUAAAUUUUAAAGACUGUUCCCUGAUGAAAUGAUGGAUGGAUGGAUGGACGCUCUGGUGUUUUUUGUUUUUUUAAAUCCAUUCAGUUUAUUCUUUUUGUUGGCAAAACAAAUAAAAUGAUGUCACACUUGCUUC